AUCCUCCUGUGCACCUGCCGGAGUGCAGUAGUUUGUGAAGCAGCAUACUUACGGAGUAUUACUAUAAAAGCACUCCAUACAUAUUAUAGACUACUGAAACUAGUUCAUGCAGUUGUUACCCUAUAGCUAGUUAACUAGCUUAUAAGUACAGCGUGAUCUGCUUUUUUCUGCAAUCUACACAAUUAAACCCUUCUCCCCCCCUCCCCCCCGCGCAGGACUGCCGACGGACAACGCAAUGGCUUCCAACACCAACACCAACACCGAUGGGGCUGCCAAUACUGAUCGUCUCGAGGUUGACGAUGCUGCGCCUUCUCCCCAAGAAAGCGACAAUGUUUCACUGAGCUCGCUCGGAACAGACUACACAUCCCUCCGGUCAAGCGUGCUGGAUUACGAAUAUGAAAAUGGCCGUCGCUACCAGAGCUACCGCAAGGGCGAAUAUUUGUUUCCAAACGACGAAGAUGAGCAGGACCGCAUGGACUUCCUGCACCACAUCUACAGCAUGAUUCUGGGCGGGGAAUUACAUCUUGCCCCCAUCAAGGAGACCGGUCUCGGUCGUGUUCUAGAUAUCGGUACCGGAACGGGCAUCUGGGCCAUAGAUUUUGCCGAUCAAUUCCCCAGUGCGGAAGUGGUUGGAAACGACCUGAGCCCGAUCCAACCUGGAUGGGUCCCCUCCAACUGCGUCUUCGAAGUAGACGAUUUCGAGUCGGAAUGGGCGUAUUCCCGUCCCUUUGACUAUAUCCAUGGCCGCGAGCUCGCGGGGGCAAUCAAAGACAUCAACCGACUAGCGAAGCAGGCUUUCGAUAACCUCAUACCCGGAGGAUACUUUGAACUCCAAUCCUUCACUCUCGACAUCUUUUCCGACGACAACUCUCUCCAAGAACGGGGCCGCUACACACUCCAGAUGUGUGCUCUGAUCGAAGAGGCCGGGGCAAAGUUCGGCAAGCCCAUGCAGGAUAUCGAAGAGACAUGGACCCAGGCUUUGAAAUCCGCAGGCUUCGAAGAUAUCAAGCUCAAGGUGAUCAAAGUUCCGCUGAGUCCGUGGUCGGACGAUGAGAAGCAAAAGAAGAUCGGGCACUUUAUGCAGUCACACUAUAGCCAGGCCCUGGGCUCGUAUCUUCCUGGCAUCCUGACGACAGUCCUGGGGUGGAAAGAUCUGGAAGUUGCCGUCAUGGCGUCCAAGAUUCGGGCUGAGCUGGCAGAUCUCUCGGUGCACCAAUAUGGAAAGUUGUAUUUCAUCUAUGGUAAAAGGCCAUGAAACCAGAUAC